AUGACACCCCACCUGUACAGCCUCGGGGCGCAGGUGUGUGAGCUGGAGCCGGGCACCAUCCUGGUAUCGGAUCCCAAGAUCCUGGAGAAGCUGAAGCUCUGCCCGGCGCUGGCAGGGGCACAGCAGGAUGCCCUCAAUGCCCUGCUCCUCUCGGGGGACACGGCGUACGGGGAUCCUUCGGGCUGGGAUUCCCAAACUCUGCAAGAUUUGGGGCCGCUCGUGCUGGCGUUGAACCGGACCACGCUGAGUUUGGUGGCCGAGGCAGCACGGGAGGAUUUCAGGAGGAGCAUCGUGACUGCCUACAUCAGGCAGGGCCGUUCCCAGCGGAAGAAAUCCCUGCUGCUCCUCAGGGCUCUGGCAGCAGCCUCAGCCUCCUCCCGGCCCAGGCUGCAGCGCAGAGAGGACAGCUGCCGGUCCAAACCCAUCACCUCCAGCAACAUCGAUGACAUCCUCCUGGUCAUAUUCUUCUCCCCUGACUGGCGUACCCAGCUUGACCUGUGCCUGAGCAAUAAUGUGCUAAUAGACAACUUGGAGGCUGUGCUGGACAUGCCAAUCCCCAAAGAGGGUCGCUGGGUCCUGAAGAAAAAGGUGGAUGAGUAUUUCAAGGACUCAGGGAUCCCGGAGGAGCAGCUGAGGCGCCUGGGAGAGCUGUCCCGGCUGUACACGGAGCAGGAGAUCAGCAAGUGGUCACUGAAUUCCAGUGAAACCCUCUCAGCCCUGCUCAGCCCCUCGGGAGGAGAUUGGAACGAUUCCCAGGUGCAGCAGCUGCUCACCGUGUACCUGAACCACGGGGGCUGCUUGACGGGGUCCCUGCUCCGCCAAAUCGGAAGCAAACGCCUGUGCAAAAUGCAGGAGGAGCAGAUCCAGAAGAUCCCUGCUAAAGCCAUGAGGACUGCUGGGAAGCUGGACAUCUCUUCAUGCAACCAAACCAAGAAGGAGCUGCUCUACAAAAAGGCCCAGGAAGCCUUUGCCAGCCUGGCCAGCAACCCCAGCCCCUAUUACUCCCUGAUGCAGCCAUACCUGGGUGGAGCUCCAGCAAAGGAUCUGAAGGACUUGGCUAAUACUUGUGCGGCCAUAAACAUGGAUCUGAGCACCUUCCUCACCCUAAAUCCUGAGGAAUUGCAGAAACUCAGCGUCACUGAUGUGAAGUUUUUGAUGGGGGUAAACCUCCAAGAGCUGAAGGACGCCAAGAACGAGCCCUUGGUGGUGACCUGGGUGCAGCAGCAACCCCAGCAGGAGCUGGACUGCGUGCUGGGCAUCGGCCUGCAGGGAGGGCAGCCCGGGCCCACGGGGACAGCCUGCCCUGUUGUCACCUGCCCUGCUGCCACCAGCCCGGCCAGUGUCACCUCCACGGCCACUCUCACCACCUCUCCUCACCCCACCAGCCCGGCCAGCGGUACCUCCACAGCCACUGUCACCACCUCUCCUCACCCUGCCACCUCAGCCAAUGUCACCCCUGUGCCCACCACCCUCCCCACUGCCACCUCGGCCAGUGUCACCCCUGUGCCCACCACCCUCCCCACUGACACCUCAUCCAGUGUCACCCCUGUGCCCACCACCCUCCCCACUGACACCUCGGCCAGUGUCACCCCUGUGCCCACCACCCUCCCCACUGCCACCUCGGCCAGUGUCACCUCCACGGCCACUCUCACCACCCCUCCUUACCCCACCAGCCCGGCCAAUGUCACCUCCACAGCCACUGACACCUCCACAGCCACUGUCACCACCUCUCCUUACCCCACCAGCCUGACCAGUGUCACCCCUGUGCCCACCACCCUCCCCACUGCCCCCAGCACCUCGGCCACUGUCACCUCCACGGCCACUGUCCCCACUGCCACCCCCACUGCCCGUCCCGCUGGCCACCACCAGCACUAG